AAUCCUCGCGGAAGUACUGACGUGUUCACAUCAGUUUGCACGAGAAGUGGCUAGUUUAGCUAGCUAGGUAGAGCCGGGUAGUGACACAGCGGCCGCAUCAGAAUGUCAGAAGGGGACAGUGUUGGGGAGUCAAUCCAUGGGAAACCAUCUGUAGUCUCUGCCUUUUUCACACGGAUUGGACAGGUCUAUCAGUCAUGGCUAGACAAGUCAACGCCAUUCUACGCGGUGCGAUGGGCAGCAACUCUACUACUUACUGCUGUCUACAUGAUCAGAGUGUACAUACUACAGGGUUGGUAUAUAGUAACAUAUGCUUUGGGAAUCUACCAUCUCAACCUGUUCAUUGCUUUUCUAUCGCCAAAAGUGGAUCCUUCGCUGCUUGACGAAGAUGAGGGCCCAUCCCUUCCUACCAAGCAGAACGAGGAGUUCCGCCCUUUCAUCAGGAGGUUGCCUGAAUUCAAAUUCUGGCAUUCGGCGACAAAAGGCAUCGUCAUCGCCAUGAUUUGCACAUUUUUUGAAGCCUUCAACGUGCCAGUGUUCUGGCCGAUUCUUGUAAUGUACUUCAUCAUGCUCUUCUGCAUCACAAUGAAGAGGCAGAUCAAGCAUAUGGUCAAGUACAGAUACCUACCCUUUACACAUGGGAAGAGGACAUACAAAGGCAAGGACGACACAGGGAAAACUUUUGCUAGUUAAAAUCUCCCACCCCCCACCCCUCCUCAUUUUAAAUUAAUUGGUCACAGCUAGUGGGGAAUGGCAAGGGUCAGAGAUUGAUUUUCUUUUUCUUUUUUUUUGUAAGCGGGACAAUAACAUUAAAACAUAACACAAAAAAUACUAAUUUUGAUCUGUGGUUCAGUGUUGGAUGAGGAUAUGAGCAGCAUGGAUCAAAUUAGUUUGGAAAAUAAUGCAUUUGUCUAUUAAGGGGUAGGACUUUUUUUUUGAGGACCCUGAUCCUCAUUUUUUAGGAUUGGUCUGCAUUUGUUCCAUAGUAGGUGAGACUCAGUGCUACCUUUUGCCUUUUUAACCCUAUGGGGUAAAUAUAAAACCACCAAGAAGGAACCACACUGAAAAGAAGUUGCAGUGAAAUUUGUCUCUAUUUUUUUUUUGUUUGUUUAUUUCAAUGAUGGUGAUUCCAAUACAUCUUUUUCUCCCAAGUGAAAUAAAUCUGCCAACUUUUAAGUAAUAUAUUGGUACCUACUUAUUUGUAACAAGUUAUAUAUCGAAAGUCAGUAGUCUUAGUAGAAAAAUAACAUGAUUAGAUGUGUAAGAUGAAAUCUGAAGGAAAUGCAGAGCAGUCUUUAAGUUAAAUCAUUUCAUCUUUUUCGAUAAAAGUGUGCUGCUGCUCUGGCUUACAAGUGUCUCGGCUGAUUGUCCUCUGUACUACAUGCAGACACUUUGGAGAAAUUAGUCACAUUUCACUUAAAAAUGCAUUCAUAACAGGCAGAAAUCAUAAUUCGUCCCUUGAAAUGAUUACACAUGGCAAAAAUGAUUUCUGAUGGAUAUUUAUCUUGAAUUGGCAAUUUAUGCAAAGCUAUGUAUUACCUAAUUCUCACUAGCCUAGCCAGUGGAGCAAGCAUCAAUAUGGAUGAUUAACUUGACUUUACUUACAUCUCCAGCCACCCACCACAUUAUUGAAUGCAUAAUUCAAAGACAGUAUCACUAAUCCCAACCCCAUUUAGUCCCCUGUAGCCUGUAGUCUACCCUUUUAAUCAGUUCUUUCUAUUUUUGCACCUUUGUAGAAUUUAAUAGAUGGGAUACUGUGUCAUUGAGCACCCCUGUAAACCAGUUCAUUUUGCAUUAUUUUAGGGGGCAUUUUGCUUUAAAUGGCAAGUCAAUUUAUUUCAGAUUUUACAGGCACAAUUAUUAAAAAUGUGUACUCUGUCUUUAAAGUGCACAACCAGUAUUCAAGUUCAGUUCAGAACAGGGUCUAAUCUGAGAUAAAAGUCAAGCAAUGACACGUUUAUCCUGAUGACCUUUUCUCUUUGAAGCAUUUACCCAUCUGGAUUUCAAAGCCUGGGGUCCAUGUGAUUUAUGUAGACUAGAUGUUGUAGUAAUUCAUCUGUGUUUACUUUGAAAAACUUUACGGUAAAUAUAGUCAUUCCAAGCAAACUUUUGUUCUCUUUCUUUUUCAGAGGAAACAUAAGAAAACAGAGAUUGAGAGCUUUUAUUAUAACAAAUGGACGAAGUGGGUGGCGAUCACAUUUCCUUUUCUAUAAACCUGUUGAUCUUUUUUUCUCCAUUUUUAUCAUACUGCUGGGGGAUUAUCUGUCACUACUAAACUUUGAUCAGCACUGUAGUAAGGGAUCAAAACAUUUUCCUGUAAAAAGUUUGUUUCAAAGGGUUGUCUGGAGGAUUUGUAUAUAUAUAUAUUUUAAGAUAUGAAAUUUUCUUUUGAGAUUAUUUUUAUUUUUGUUUUUUCUUCCAACCACCAUACUGUUUCCAAGUGUUUAAAAUCCAUUUCAGUUGAAAUUGAUGAAAGCAGAACUGGUUAAUUGGGUUCUAGAUUUGAUUAAUUAAAUAUGUUUCUCAUGGAUUGCAUGUCAUUGUUUUCUUGUGCUAAAGUUAUAAACAAAAACUUGAUUUUAAUAACUUAAGUGUAAUUUUUUCACUCCAAAUGCUAUUAAAGAGGCUGUGUCCCUUGAAACAGUA